CUCUCUUUUUCUGAUUUAACUAAACAAACACCACACACUCUCUUCUUCUUCUUCUUCUCACUUCUCACUUCUCUCUCUCCAAGGGUUACUUACAAGUUCCAAGUGAGAAAAAUGGAUUGAGGAUUUCUCUCUCUCUUUCUUUUUCUAUGUUAUAUUUUCUUUCAGAUCAAUCAGAUCGGAUUUGUUUGCUUGUGCGGAACAAUAAUCCGCUUUCUCCGUUAAACGUUUGAUUUUCUGUUCGAGAGAUUUUGAUAAACAUUGCGCGCGAAAUCAACUCAUGCAACUGUGCUUCUUUGCUAUGGAAGACUCCGAUUCAGUUGCUACACUGAUAGAUUCUACAAAUUCUAAGAUACAACAGCUCCAAAAAGCGUUUGCUGAACUUGAAAGUUAUCGAGCUGUUACACUCAACUUGAAAUGGAAAGAACUUGAGGAACAUUUCCACGGCCUUGAGAAAUCCUUGAAGAGACGCUUUCAUGAAUUAGAAGACCAAGAAAAAGAGUUUGAAAACAAAACAAUGAAAGCUCGAGAAAUUUUGGAGAAGCGGGAAGCAGCUGUUUUUGCCAAGGAGAAAGACUCAUUGCAGAGGCUUCAAGAGAAAAGAGAUGCUGCUGUAUUUGCCAUUGUAAAUGCUCGAGAAAAGCAGAGGAAGGUUUCAUCAAAUGAGUUGGCUAUUGUCUCUGAUGGGGGUCAAGGGACACCAGGUGUGGAGGAGAAACAAGUGGAUGCUGCUGUGUCCAUUGCUGCUGAAGGUAAUUUUGAUGAUGUGCAACUUUCUCCUGAAAACAGAAAUGUGGAGUUGAUGUCUUAUCCAGAGUUGGUAAAACUAUGUAAAGAGAUGGAUGCUGGAGGACUUCACAAGUUCAUAUCUGACAACCGCAAGAACCUUGCUGCUGUAAGGGAGGAAAUACCAUAUGCAUUAAGAGUCGCUCCUAAUGCUGCCCGUUUAGUUUUAGAUUCUUUGGAAGGGUUUUACUGUAUGGAAGUGUCAAAUCAGGAUGUAAAGAAGGAUGCUAAUUUAUUGGGUCUUCGCCGAACCUGUAUCAUGCUGAUGGAAUGUCUGAGUGAUUUCCUGACCAACUCAGACUGUGUUUCUAAUGUAAUUUCAGAAGAUAUCAUGGACAGGGCAAAGGCGGUUGCUGAAGAGUGGAAACCUAGAUUGGAUGCUCUUGACAUGGAUGCUAGCAAUGGGAAUUCCUUGGAGGCUCAUGCAUUUUUGCAACUUCUGGCCAGUUUUGGUAUUGCCUCUGGUUUUAACGAGGAGGAGUUAUCCAGGCUGAUUCCAAUGGUGUCUCGGCGUCGCCAAACUGCUGAUUUAUGCCGCUGCCUUGGGUUGUCAGAGAAGAUGCCGGGUGUAAUCGGGGUUUUGGUUAACAGUGGACGGCAAAUCGAUGCCGUCAACUUGGCUUUUGCAUUUGAUCUUUCAGAACAGUUUUCUCCCAUUUCUUUACUGAAGUCUUACUUGAAGGAUGCUAGAAAAGCUUCUCCUGUUAAAAGUGUUAACUCAUCUCCCACUGCACAGGUUGAGGUUAAUGAACGAGAGCUGAUUGCACUAAAGGCUGUAAUCAAGUGCAUUGAAGAACAUAAACUUGAUCUGCAGUAUCCUCUGGAUCCUCUCCAAAAACGAGUGGUCCAACUAGAGAAGGCCAAAGCUGACAAGAAAAGGGAAACUGAAGCUACAAAGCCUCAACCCAAGAGACCCCGUGCUAAUGGUGUGGGAUAUGGUCCUCGUGUCACUAACAUUCCUUCUGACAAAACUUCUUCCUAUGCUAGAGUUGCUGAUAGGUAUCCACAGUAUGUGUAUGAUCGACCUUACAUGUACCCUGGACCAACUGAAAAUCAUUGCCCUCCUCUACUAAGCACUGCAACAUAUAACUUCUCUCCUAGUCAUGGCAACUACUUUGGAAAUGGCUAUCAGUACCAAGCUACAUAUCUCCACUAGUUAGCAGAGAUGUUAACUUAUGAUAUUAUGAUCCUUUCCUUUAAUAUUUAGUCUUAACCUUUAAGCUGUUGUGUGUUGUACUUUUUUCAAUGUAGUCUUUAAGAAUCGCUUAAAGAGGCAAAUGUCUUGUUGAAAUUUAACUUGUGCACUAGAAGAUAUUCUGAUCCUCUAAUGUAUGAACUUUGUUCUCGUUUUUUAUUAGCUUAGCUUGAUGCCU